AUGAGGCGUGGCUUCCUCAACUCCAAGGCAGCAAAAGAACGCCUCAGCUCUGCGACGGCCCAACAAUUUGAACAAAUCAAAGUGACCUCUGUUGAUUUACCUGCAGUGCUCGAAAAACCAGUCGUCGUUCCCGGAAGCACGUUCAGCCCUACUGAUCCUCCAACCCACAUUUGGGCGACUCUUCCUCAACUCUAUGGCGAGCCUAGCACGGAAUGUGUUCUCCUCCGCGGCAGCAAAGAAAUCAUCCUAAAGACUCCCGGUUUUCCGAAACGACUUCCGCCAGCCAACUCUCCCGCUGCAUUUCGAGUUGCGCCCUCGCCUGGAAAAGGUAUGGGUCUAUUCAGCACUCGUCCCAUCAAGCAAGGGGAAAUUAUCCUCUGGGAACGACCCCUGCUCAUCGCACCACGCGGCGUCCCAACUCGCUUUCCGCCUGGCAGUUUUUCCGCGGCCCAAAUGAUCCAGCAUCACCUUGACGCUUGCGAGCACUUUAUCGCGAUCGCAGUCAAUCGCAUGGAAGAAAAUUGUCGUGCCGCGUUCAUGAGUCUUCACAAUUGUCAUACCCACGAUGGUUCAGGGCCGCUAGUGGGCAGAUUUCGGACGAAUGGGGUCGCUCUUGGGGGCCUCGAUGGCGUACAGCAUCAAACAGACAAGCCCUACAACGCAAUUUUAGAGCACGUAUCGCGUCUCAACCACAGUUGCUCCCCAAAUACGCAGCCAUUCUUCGAUCGGGCGACGUUCGCGUAUAAGCUCUAUGCUGUUCGUGAUGUCCCCGCAGGCGAAGAACUGACUUACCAAUACAUCGACGUGUUGGCGAAUAAAACAGCGCGCGCGGAAAGCCUCAAGCCCUACGAUGUUGUCUGCACCUGUCUUGCGUGUACGGAGAAUAUUGCAGAGACCGAUAAACGUCGUUCGGAGAUCGCUAAUAUCUUCCCUUUCGUCCCAACAUGGCUUAUGAAUUAUCAACUGCCCGACGACUGGCUGAUCAAGAAAUGUACCGCACUCCUGGAGCUUAUCGACAAGGAAGGACUGCAGCAUCUCGAGGGGUACUGUAUGGGCACACGUGCGAUUAUGGACUCCUACAUCUGUCUGGGGGACAGCCGGAAUGCGAGCAAAUGGGCAGCGCGGGUAGCUCUGCGGCCUUGGUCGGAGUGCGAAGCCGAGAGCUAUCCGGUGAAGGAGCUUUUGGACCCGGGAAGUCCUGCCUACGCGCAACACCCCUUGUGGCAAAUGCGAAUGCGAAUGUGGAUGUAG